AUGGAGCAGGGGAGUGUGUCUGUCGGCGCGCGGAGGUCUGUGCGCGUGCCAACGGAAAGCCGAAGAGACGCCAGAUCAUCGAGAAGGAUUGCGGUCGGGGCGGGGGAUGGGACGGGGGGGGCGACGGAUGCGGACGAGGAGUCCUUCAACAGACAUUUCGCCUUGGAGACGCCACUGCAGCAGGCCGCGCGAACGUUGGAGUUCAUUCUGGAUAAAUACUCGCCAGAUCAAAGGACUCAAGAGAAGCUGGAAAUGGUGCUUAACAUCAUCAGCCAACCGGAGGACCUGAACAUGGUGACGAUCCAGAGCAUAAUGAACGCCGACCUAGACUCCUCCACUACCGAGUGGAUCGAGGCGCAACUGUCGGCGGGCUCGUCAUUGGGAGUGGCGAAUCCCACCGGGAUCGUGAAGUGGAACAGGCUCAGGGAGGGGCUGCAGGGCGUUGUCAAUCGGCUAGCGUCUGAGUUUUCGGAAGCGAAGAUGAACAUUAACGGGACGGACACGGGCAUGACGUCGCAGCAGCUAAAGCGGCAGCAUGAGGUUGGGCGGGCGUACAACAUGGAGAAGGCGGCGUCGGGGAGAUCGAGGCGACAAUCUGCCAACAUCAACGUCAGCCAGCUCAUGACCCUUCCUGGGGCGCGAAGUACCGGAGGGGCCAAGCCAGGGGCGGGCUCCAUUCUGUACGAGGUAGACGAAAGCAGCCAGAUGGACGAGGAAACGGAAGAUGAAGAACACGCCGAGCACGAGGCGCUUCUCGACUUGAUGCCGAUGUGGCCGGGAAUAGCACCGGAGGCGCAAAAGGCCCUGGUGGAUCACAUCACAUCCAGGCAUUUCUUGGACUGGGGGUUCGACGUCUUUAAGCUGGAGGAACUGUCGGGGGGGCAUGCGCUUUGGUACACGGGGACCCUAACGCUCUACCACUACAACUUCGUUGGCGUCUUCAGCGUCAACCCAGCGAACUUAUCACGGUUCUUGACCCACGUGGAACAGAACUAUUGCUACGACCCCGCGGCUCCCAACCCGUACCACACUUCCGUUCACGCCGCCGACGUCACGCUCACCGUGGCGCAUUUUUGCGAGAACUCGAUAAUCGCUUCGGGAAUCAAAGCGUUGCAAGGCUUUGCCUUGCUCGUCUCAGCGAUAGUGCACGACUACCGACACAGGGGAGUGAACAACGGCUACUUGAUAAAGGUCAAGGACGCCCUAGCCACAAGGUACAACGACGGUUCGGUGCUGGAGAACUUCCACAUCUCGGAGGCCUUCAAGGUGCUGUAUGACGAGGAGACCAACAUCCUGGACGGACUAAGCGCCGAUGACGCGAGACAUUUCCGGCAACUCGUCAUCAAGAUAAUCCUGGCAACCGAUCUCGCCCACGGGUUUGAGUACGUUGCUCGGUUUAAGGCGUCGACAACGUCGAAAGGGGGUAGGAGAGCUAGCAUCGUGCCCGACAUGGGGCGGGAGGGAACAUCGACACCGGGUUUGAUCGGGGCCCCGGGGAGCCCCGGGGGGAUGGUGGGCCCGCCGAAGGGGGGGGCAACGAAGGAUCCGCUCCAGGCACAGAUUCUGCUCAUGCAGAUGGUCAUAAAGGUGGCCGACGUGUCUCAUCCGAUGAAGCCAUGGGAUUUGCACGAGAGAUGGACAAGACUAAUUACCGAGGAGUUCCAUCGCCAAGGCGACCUAGAGGCGGAGAAAGGAGUGCCGGUAUCUCCGCUCUGCAGCCGCGAGGGGCACAACCAGGCCAAGAGCCAGUGCGACUUUGUCAACUUCGUCGUGAGGCCCUGCGCGACGGUGUUUUCCGAGUUCUGCAAGGACAGGAUUUGGGUCACGACGCUCGAGAGCAACUACCGAAGUCUCUAUUCUAUAGUCAGUCGGUGCUGGUUUCCUCGAAGAGGAAAUGCAACUCGAGCCCCCCCGGCAAAUUAAGAGUUUUGCGUGUGGGCGACGGUUGGUUCUGUACAUAGAGGCUGGGAGGAUUGCGUCAUCGAACAUCGCGAGAAGAGAACGUGCGACACGAUGAGUCAGUAUGUUUCAGGGAAGCGGGUUUACCGAGUGUUAUCUGCGUUGAAUAGCAUGUAGCCGCGGGGUUAAAUUGCUCGGAGAAUCUAGCAAGGUGUUGGUGAAAGUACCUCGCAUGUGCGGCGAGAGAGGAGUAGAAGGCGUGUGAGAGAAAGAAAUGGAGGCGCGCCAGGCAAGCGUCCAGUGGAAAACUACAGCACAGCUUUUGAUGUCCGCUUUUAUAUUUUUGUUCAGUUUUCGUUGCCGUUUGUCCGGGUGAUGGGUGCGUAGCACCUGCUCAAUAGCCAUUAGUGUUGGCACCCGCUCAAAUUUCAACCGUAUUCGUUUUUUACAGUUGUUGAUAAUGCAGUUGCUUUCAUCGAC